AUGUAUACCGAGGUAGCACUGGACACGUACCAGAUAGAUAUAACUGGGUACUUAGGGGUGCAGUCACAUCCGUUAAGUAUCAGAGAAAUGUAUUGUGCCUCGAGUUGGGCUUUCAGUGCAAUCGCCGCCAUUGAAAGUCAACUGGUAAUAAGCACCGGGAAAAAGGUGGACCUCUCGGAGCAAAAUCUCAUCGAUUGCUCGGAAAACCAGGGAACUAAGGGCUGUAGUGGCGGCACACCGGACAGGGCCUACCAGUAUGUCAUACAAAACGGGGGUCUGGACUCCACCGCCUCCUACCCCUACAAAGGUCUCAAAAACGCGUGUCAUUACAAACCGGACAAAAGCGCUGUCAUAACCGGCUAUAAGUCGGUACAGGCGGGCAAUGAGGAGGUGCUCAAGGAUGCCGUCUAUAACAUCGGUCCCAUAUCCGUGGCUAUAGACGCCUCGCCCUUUGGUUUUCAGUUUUACAGCUCCGGUAUCUUUGAGAGCACGGACUGUAGUAAUAGUCGGGAUAAACUGAAUCACGCGCUCACUAUCACGGGCUAUGAUGUGGACGGUAGGCGCGACAUAUGGUUUGUGAAAAACUCGUGGGAUAGGACUUGGGGUGAGGCCGGAUUUAUCACAUAA